AUGAGCUGCAACAAGCCCGCCCCCCUUCCCGAGUUUACCCCAAGUGACAUUCCGGACUUGACCGGAUAUGUUGCCAUCGUCACUGGUGGAAACUCCGGCAUUGGGUUUGAAACGACGAAACAGCUUGCCAUGCGCAAUGCCCGCGUAUACAUCGCCAGCCGAUCCCAGCAGCGGGUAGACGAAGCCAUUUCUCAGAUGAACACAGCUGUCGGACGGGCGCUCGACCUUCACUUCCUUCAAAUGGACCUGCAGGAUCUGCAGUCUGUAAAACUCGCUGCCACUCUGUUCGCACACCAGGAGUCACACCUGGAUAUUCUGAUCAACAACGCUGGUGUCAUGACCGUCCCUUUCAAGUUGACCAAAGACGGCUACGAGACACAAAUACAGGUCAACUUCCUCGCUCUAUUUGUCUUCACCACGACACUCCUCCCACUGCUGCUGUCCACCGCGUCUCAAUAUAGCACUCCCAACAGAGUACGUGUUAUCAAUGUGUGCAGUGACCUCGCGUUCAUGGGCCCGAAAACGAUUCAAUUCGACGAUUUGAACAUGACGAAUACCAAGGGAAUGAUGGAGCUCAUGCAGAGAUAUGGACACUCAAAACAGGCAGCAAUCCGACAUGCCAAGGAACUGAAUGACCGUUAUAGCCAUCAAGGUGAGAACAAGGAUACUCUGGUUGCUAGUAGACCGUUCUCACUGACAGUCCAAACAGGUGUGACCGCCUACUCCUGCCACCCCGGAAUUGUCAAGUCGAAUCUCCAAAGCCACGAUCCGACCAUUGUGGGAAAGACGAUGCGAACCGUUAUGAAAUACACAGCCAGCAUGACGCCGCUGGAAGGCGCCAUCAACUCGCUGUUCUUGGCCACGAGCCCCCUGGCCCCUGAGCGGGGACAGGGUAAAUUCUUCAUUCCGGUUACGAAGGUGAACCCAAAGGCCGAGGAUUGGCUCAAUGACCGGGAGACAAACGCUCGAUUGUGGGAGCACUGUUCGGGCAUCUUGGCACAAAUCCCGUAG